CAACUUCCUAACACGCAUAACUGACCAAAAAAAUCAAAGUCUGUACAAUUACAGGCUUCGAUUCAAUUACCAUGGCUUCCUUGCGAGCCUCGAAAAGAAGACGGCUGUCCCCCUCCGACGACGAAUCGUCUCCUACCCCAAAAUCCAUUGGGCCAUCGUCGUCUAUUAAACAAAAUUUCUACAGCCGUGCUGCAGAAUGGGAUCUGGAGCAAGAUUACGAACGACGACCGCGGAAGGGAAAGAAGAAAGACCAAGAGAAAACUCGUCUGCCUAUCAAGACAUCGGAGGGUGUUGUCCACGUCAAUGAAGCUGAAGACGCAGCAAACGAUGCCAAUAGUUUUCUCGACUCGGACUCGGAGAAUGAUAACGCUGAGGGGGGAGAAGAGGAAAAGGAUGAAGAGGAAGAAAAGGAAGAACCUGCUGUUCCAAAGCUAUCCUUGAAGGCGCAAAUCAUACAAGCGAAGGAGGAAAUGGCACACAUUGCAAUGUUGAUCAACGAAGACCCAGAGGAACACAUCAAACUGUUCAAAAGACUUGCCGACUUUGUGGACAAAAUUGAGACAGCAGUUUCAAUUAAGAAACUAGCUCUGGCAACCCAAGCUGCCGUUUUCAAAGACGUUAUCCCAGGUUACAGAAUUCGCGCGAUUGGCGAGGAUGGCAACAAGGCCGAGAAGUUGUCCAAAGAAGUUCGCCAGCUGAGGGACUUCGAGCAGUCACUACUCUCGUCGUACGUGCACUAUGUACAGCAAUUGACCAAUUUGUCCAAAAACAGCAAACACCAAAAGAACAAAGAUGAGGCUGGUUUACGCACUGUCGCAAUCGGCUGCGCAUGCAAUAUGCUUCUCGCAGUGCCCCAUUUCAACCUGCGUACCGAGUUGAUUAAAAUCCUAGUGAAUCGUCUGUCCAAACGUCGGAUCGAUGCAGAUUUCAUCAAGUGCCGUGAGACAAUGGAGGAGGUUUUCGGCAAAGACAACGACGGCGUGGUUUCGCUCGAGGCAGUGGGGUUGCUGUCGAAGAUGAUGAAAGCACGGGACUUCCAAGUCCACGAGUCUACUCUUAACACAUUCCUUCAUCUCCGUCUGUUAUCUGAGUUCGCUUCGAAGGCAUCACGAGAUCGUGUCGACCGAGAAGAGCCCGAAACGUACAAUGGCAAGAAACUGAAAAACAAAAAGGAAUUCCGCACAAAGCGAGAACGCAAGCUUGAGAAAGACCGCAAAGCUGUCGCCAAGGAUAUGCGUGAAGCUGAUGCGCUCGUCAGUAAUGAAGCCCGCGAUAGAAACCAGGCCGAGACCCUAAAACUAGUCUUUGGCAUCUAUUUUCGUAUUCUCAAGCUGCGACACUCCAAACUCAUGGGCGCCGUUCUUGAAGGUCUUGCCAAAUACGCCCAUCUGAUCAACCAGGAUUUUUUCGGCGAUCUCCUCGAAGCUCUCAAAGAGCUGAUUGCGCGACUUGAAAUUCAGGACAAUAUCGACUCAGUCACCGAGAAUGCAGAGGAGAACGAAGGAGAAGAUGACAACUACGAAGAGCUGUCAGCGAGACAAUCCACCCGAGAAGUCCUUCUCUGCACAAUCACCGCUUUUGCGCUUCUUGAAGGCCAAGAUGCCAGCAAAGCCGCUUCAUCGCUGCAUCUGGACCUGAGUUUCUUCGUCACACAUCUUUAUCGCACUCUCUACCCCCUUUCAACUAAUCCAGAUAUCGAGUACAACCCAGAAAAAUCCCUACGAUUACCUGAUCCCGGCAAGUACCGAAACGGCGAAAACGACGACAGGCGAAAGAAUAAAAUCAACUUCCAAACGCCCAUGGUUCUCCUCCUACGCUGUCUUCAAUCGACUUUACUGUCCCGCAGUCACGGUACCCCACCACCCGCGCGUCUCGCGAGCUUUAUGAAGCGACUGAUGACGGCGGUACUACAAUUGCCCGAGAAAUCGUCCAUUGCGAUGUUGGCUCUUCUCUCAAAAGUCGCCAAACAGCAUGGGCGCAAGGUUGCGCCCCUCUGGAAUACAGAAGAGCGACGAGGUGAUGGAGUGUUUAACCCUUUCGCAAAUAAUGUUGAGCAAACUAAUGUUUUCGCUGGUACGAUUUGGGAAGGCGAAUUGUUGCGAUUACAUUACUGUCCUGAAGUACGUGACGCAGCUUCGGAUAUUGAUAAGUUAAUUGCUACUACCGUUAGAUAGCGAGGAGAGAAUAAGUCAAAAUUAAAUCU